AUGUCCCAGUUUUCCGAAGACGAAAGCGAGCUUUUCAACGGCUUCGGCUCGGCGCCUCUACUGAGAAAUCCUUCGCAAACAGGCCGCAGAACGAAGAAAAGAUGGUCUUUCCAUAACAACUCGAGGCCAAACUUGGUCGAGCAGCCGGCGACGUUCAGCUCGGGAAGAAGACUCAGUGAUGUCACAGGGAUGGACGGCGUUCAUAAGGAAAUCGACCCGUACCAUAUUUCUCCAGCUCAGUUGUAUUCUACAGAGAGUGGACGCUUGUUCCAUGCUGGUAAGAUCUGUAUUGCUUUGGCAGGUCUUCCAGGCCGUGGAAAGACCCACUUGUCUGUUUCAUUAACGCGUUAUUUGCGUUGGUUGGGCGUGAAAACUCAUAGUUUCCAUUUGGGCGAUUACAGACGUGCUACGGCUCCAAACGAUGACUUGGACCAGGUCUUGUACAUGUCUGAUAAGAGGGGCGAGGAUCCAUUUAAGAACAAGACGGUUGACGACUGUUUGAAUGAUAUUCUUAACUUUUUCAAGAACGAUAAGGGCCAGGUGGCCAUCUACGAUGCUGUGAACGCCUUGCCUGAGCACAGACAGCAACUUCACGAGAAGUUUGCCAGCGUGAACAUCCAGUGCAUUUUUAUUGAAUCGGUUGUGACGAAUGAGUCGAUUUUGAUGAAAAAUAUGGAAACCGCCGCCAGAUCGUCGCCUGAUUACGAGAACUGGAAUUACGAAGAUGCCUACAAGGACUACUCUGCAAGAAUCAACAGCCUCACGCCGUUCUACAAGGAAAUGGAUGACGUCGACCAGAAAAUGAACUUGUCUUAUAUUAAAAUCAUCAACUUUGGUGAGCGAAUCGAAUUGCAUAACUCGAACUACGGCUACUUGAUCAAUAAGGUGGUGUUUUUCUUGAUGAACUCGAGAAUUAAACUGGGCUCGGUGUUCUUUGCUCGUUGCUACAAGAAUGAUUUGGAUUACUCUAAAGACCCUCCAUUGGAUGAGGCAGGCUACAAAUACGCAAAGAAUUUGACCAGGACGUUGACGAAACAUCUCGCUUCUAAGGGCAGAGAUAUCAUCACUCCUAAGAGUUCUUCUACCGAUGUGGCUGGCAUGAGAAGAACGUUAUCUACCGAAGAUAAGCACCCACCUACCGGUGCUGAUGGCCUUGACGACGACUCUUUCGUUGUCUGGACUUCUGUCAAGAGAAGAACCAUCGAGGCAUGCCAAUUCUUCCGUGAGAUGAACGUCAACGUGCGUCACAGAAUCCAAUUAUCCCAGAAGAACCCAGGUAUUGUUGCUGGCAUGAGCGAUGAAGAAAUCCAGGAGAAGUUCCCUCUGGAGUACGAGCAGUUCUUGAAAGACCCAUACCAUCACAGAUUCUCCAGAUCCGAGCUGUACCACGACUUAGCCAUUAAGAUCGAGCCUCUCAUCCUCGAAAUGGAGCGUAUGAGCGGUGACAUCUUGAUCAUUGCAGACGAAACCGUCUUGCGUGUAUUCCAUGGCUACUUGAUGGCCUGUUCCUGUUACGACAUUCCUUCGUUGGAAUUCAACACCAACGAGAUCAUCGAGGUCAAAUUCAGCGCCUAUUCUAACAGCGCCAGACGUAUUCCAAUCGAAAACUUCGAUUAA